AAAAUAGGCUCACUCGAUAAUAUUAAACAUAAGCCAGGUGGAGGCAGCAUAACAAUAUUUGAUGAUAAAAAUGCUAAGCCCAAGUCGGUUGCAAGUAAAAUCGAGAGCGGCAUAAAAGAAAAAGCUAAACAUACGACAAUGACUAAUCAAAGCGCGUCCGAUAUGAGUAAAAGGUCAAACGAUGUCACCAGGAGUGAUUCGUAUGCCAUAAACGCAACAGAGACUAAAGAGAUGCCUAUCCAUAUGUCUAUUCAAAACUUGACAGAAGUUAAAACAGUGCUGGAGACAUGCGUUGACGCAUGACAACUGAUUAAAAGAAAACUAAUAAACCUUUCUCCUUUUUUUUUUAUUUAUAUUAAACCACAGCGUAGCUUCCUCUCUUUUGGGUCAAUGAAGUCAAUCAUCCUUCCUUUUUUCUUCUCCGCUAUAUUUUUAGUUUGUUUGUAGAUGCUCUCUGCCGCAUCUCCAAUUACACUAAACACUACAAACCUACUACUGUUUAGUAGGCGUCUUUUAAAUUGCCCAAAGUUUAAGCUUAAUUACCAACCUAAUGUCAAGGAAGCCGCUGUGCUUAUGCCAUUAUGUGUUGUUAAUGGUAAACCAAGUGUAUUAUUUACGGUGAGAAAUAUGAAUAUGAGAACUCAUCGUGGAGAGAUUAGCUUCCCUGGUGGAAAGAAAGAUGAAACAGAUGAAACAGUAGAGCAAACAGCAUUAAGGGAAACAGAAGAGGAAAUAGGCUUGCCGUCUUCAUCUAUUGAUAUCCUCGGACGCUAUUCAGCGUUACCUAAUAAAACAGGGUCGCUGCGUGUUCAUCCAUAUGUUGGUUUUAUUAAGGAUCAACAUAUUGACUUAACACGGUUCAAUCCUGAGGAAGUGUCGAGUGUGUUUACAUUACCCAUAGAAUAUUUGAUUGACUCAAAGAAUAGAGAAGUGAAGCAGUUUCGUGAUAGUCCUAUGAAAUACCCUGUAUUUAAAGUACCACAAAAUAUGGAAGGAGAAAAGGAGAUUUGGGGAUUAACAAGCUUUAUAUUGGAUGGCGUGUUUCGAAAAAUCAUCCCAGAACACUAUCAAUAACACCACAGUGAAUAAACACUUCAUUUUCCUUACAAGUUAAAUAUACACAAUGGAUCGUCUUUUCUUAUAAUUCGUAAAUGACUGUCGAAAUAAUACCUUCAGAAUCAAUAAUUCUUGGCACUAAAGUGUUCGUCACUCUGCAUAAUUUUUAAGCACCUUUUUCUUAUUCCUGAGCCAAUAGCAGCAAAAAUGAAUGCACUACUGAUUCUCUUUACAAUGAGUUGUACAUACAACUGCUAUUUCUCAUUUUCAAGCAGCUG